CGACUAAUGUCCCCGUACACGGCGAUAAUCCGCCGCAGCGGCAACCCGUUCGAGCUGGCCCACGUGCUUGUCUCUUGGCUGGCUGGAGCGGGCUAUGAUGCGUACGUGGCCGUCGGCUGUGCGACGCAGGACGUGUGCCUAGCGGUGCGGUACCGUACAGAUUGCCCGGAGAUACCGGACGAGAGUGAGGUGAUAGAAGAACCGGCACCGCCAGAUGAAGAGCCUCGGUACCGUCUCGUGCCUAUACCAGACAUGACGUCCAAGUAUUGCAGGGAAAUGGACAGGAAGGAAGCGGAGAGGAAACAGGCUGCUUUGGACAAAAUUGAAAAUGAACGGUUGAGGAAAAUUGCGGAAUUAGAGAAACCACCGUCAGAUGAAAUUGACGGUUGGCGUACGCACGCCUGGGUGCUCGUGUUACCAGGUUUCCGGGGGGUGGAGGAGCCGUUCUUCAUUGAGCCCAGCGAGGGGAACAGCUACCCCGUGGGGGCGCCGCAGUACCAAUUCCUGGAUAGUGUUUAUAAUCAUGAAAAUUAUUAUGUGAACCUCCAAAAUUGCGACAACGGAUUAGGCACCCUGAACUACGAUUUAGGUGACCUCAGCUGCUGGGAACAUCUCCUCGCUGGUGAACCGUACUUCCGCCGUCAACUUGUUGGCAUAGAUUUAGCUGAUAAGAAAACUGCCUUCGAAACGGAAAAGCAUUUGGAUGUUCCAGCUAGUUGGGUUGAAAAAUUGGAUAUUACCGCAGAUGAUUUUGAACAGCGUUAUCCCGGCAGUCACAAGGUGAUACAUUAUAAGAAGGUUCUGUUGGAGAAAUUUUCGCCUUACUCUCAAAGGGACGGUAUUAUCAAGAGGAUCAAGAUUUUUGACGAUUACGCACUUACCGUUCCUUUAUUGACAUACGAAUGGUAUAAAAAUAGAGUUGAUAAAAUGGAAAUUAUGAGGAUGGAUCAUGUGAAACGAGAAGUGAGAGAAAUGUUCGGUGUUGGGAGAAGUGACCAUUUAUUGAAACACGAAUAUUCCUUGGACGCCCCACUUGUAUCGGUAGAGGGAGUCAGGACGCUAGAAUUCAACUACUACGCCAGAAUUGAUCAUCUAACAAAACUGGUGUGCACGCCGACUACUUUUGAUGAAUAUUAUACGGAUAGAUCUGACAGACUAGAAACCCGCUUCAUAAUAUACAGUGAACCAACUAAAGCGGAACCGAAACGUCAAGUAAAAGACAUUGUAGAGACAUAUUCUCGAAAUAACGAUAUUCCAGCUAAAGAGGACAUCUGGAAGAAAAUCUUCCACAUUCCAGAAGAAACUAUUGAAUUACUCUAUCAUUACGCGUACAACUUUGUCACGAAUAAUACUAGAUUUUUCCAGAAACCCAACCUCGCUGAGACAGGUGGGAAAAUCCUAUUCUAUCCGGAUAAAACUUCUGGAUACAUAGCCGAUCCAUGUGCCAAACCACCUCGACCCCUAGACGUGUACUACGCGCUCUGUGACAACAUGGAGUGGGAACACAAGACCAGGAAACACAUCCGUGACAGAGAGACGGACAUUAAUGGCUACCUGAAAACGCGCCACAAGGAACUCACGGAGCCUCUGUUGUUUGUAGCGUUGUUUGAUACGGAGAGAAAUGAAGCUGCCAAAAAGGGGUGGAAGGAACAGGAAGCUCAAAAAGCAGAAGUAACAGAAAGAGAAAAAGAAGCGGAAAUUGAUCCUUUGGCACCAUAUUUAGCUCGCAUGUUUGGAUCGGGCCACGGCACGGGUGCUCCAAUUACAAUCAAGGAAGCCACACUAAUACGGGAACAAUGUAUUAACGAUUUUAGAGCCAAGCAACUUGCGAGACAAAAUCUCGUUCAAGAAAGGUUUGAUAAGUUGAACAGCGAGUAUAAAGCAAAGCGCUUAUGGUAUUUAGCUAAUCAAUUUAUUUUGACGCCUGAGAAGGAAAGCGUUUAUUUCGCUGCAAGUGCCGAGUUAGCGUUCAAAGUACACACACUAGAAGUACGUUUGACGAGACACAAGGACUUGUCGGCUCCGAGAUAUCAAAUACUGGAAGAAUAUUUGGAGAAACAUCCCUUGCUCAAGGAAUACAACCGAAUGCGACAUUAUUACCGAAUGAAAUGAUGUUAUUUAUAUGUAGAAUAGAUGUUUUAGAAAUAAAUUGGUUUAUGACUCGUUAU